AGCGGGAGUUUGGACACAGUUCGUGGAGACCUCAAAGGAGAGCCUCCUCCAGGCAGAUAGAUCCCCAGCGCCUCUGGUCUAGCCAUGGCACCGCAGGGACGACUUCUCAUCCGCGGGGGUCGCGUGGUCAAUGAUGACUUCUCACAGGUGGCCGACGUGCUUGUGGAGGACGGCGUGGUGCGGGCACUGGGACUGGACCUGCUGCCUCCCGGAGAUGCCCCCCGGGGGCUGCGCAUCCUGGACGCGACGGGCAAGCUGGUCCUGCCCGGAGGCAUCGACACACACACACACAUGCAGUUCCCGUUCAUGGGCUCUCAGUCAGUCGACGACUUCUACCAGGGCACCAAGGCUGCGUUGGCUGGCGGUACCACCAUGAUCAUGGAUUUCGCCAUCCCGCAGAAAGGCAGCUCCCUGGUCGAGGCCUUCGAGACCUGGCGCAGCUGGGCAGACCCCAAAGUCUGCUGUGACUACAGCCUACACGUGGCAGUGACGUGGUGGAGUGACAAGGUAAAAGAAGAAAUGAAAACCCUUGUCCAAGAUAAAGGAGUUAACUCUUUCAAGAUGUUUAUGGCCUACAAAGGCGUGUAUAUGGUGCGAGACGAACAGAUGUACGCAGCCUUCUCUCGGUGCAAGGAAAUCGGAGCCAUAGCUCAAGUGCACGCGGAGAAUGGAGACCUGAUUGCAGAGGGAGCAAAGAAGAUGCUGGCAUUGGGGAUAACAGGCCCGGAGGGGCAUGAGCUGUGCCGUCCGGAAGCUGUGGAGGCAGAGGCAACUUUGAGGGCCAUCACCAUAGCCAGCGCGGUGAACUGCCCUCUCUACGUGGUGCACGUGAUGAGCAAAUCCGCAGCGAAGGUGGUAGCCCACGCGAGGAGAGAAGGAAAGGUGGUCUACGGAGAACCGAUCGCGGCAGGUCUUGGCACUGACGGCACGCACCACUGGAGUAAGGAAUGGCACCAUGCAGCCCACCAUGUAAUGGGUCCUCCACUGAGACCCGAUCCUUCAACACCUGGCUUCCUCAUGAAUCUGUUGGCUAAUGGCGAUCUGACCACAACAGGGAGUGACAACUGCACCUUCAACACCUGCCAAAAAGCUCUGGGCAAAGACGACUUCACUAAGAUUCCCAACGGGGUGAACGGUGUUGAGGACCGGAUGUCGGUGAUAUGGGAAAAGGGCGUGCACAGUGGGAAAAUGGAUGAAAACAGAUUUGUGGCCGUUACCAGCACAAACGCAGCCAAGAUCUUUAAUCUGUAUCCGAGAAAAGGAAGGAUAGCCGUUGGCUCGGACGCUGACAUGGUGAUCUGGGACCCAGAAGCCACGAGGAGGAUCUCAGCCCAGACUCACCAUCAGGCCGUUAACUUCAACAUCUUCGAGGGCAUGGUUUGCCACGGGGUGCCCCUGGUGACGAUCUCUAGAGGCAGAGUGGUGUAUGAAGCAGGCGUUUUCAGCGUCGCAGCAGGAGAUGGGAAGUUCAUCCCCCGCAAACCGUUUGCUGAGUACAUCUACAACCGAAUCAAGCAGCGAGACCAGACCUGCACACCUACCCCAGUGCAACGUGCACCCUACAAGGGAGAAGUCUUCACACUGAAAUCCAGAGAGACGGAAGAGGAUGACGGAGCAGGGACCAGGGUGCAAGGCCACUCUUAAUCCAGGUGCAAAGACUGGGAGCCAGAAGUGAAUCUGAAAAGUGGAAGAAUGAACGGAAUCUCUUCAAACGCCCCAGCUACAGACUUCGAAAAACACAGAAAAUACCAUUGUGGUGCCUCUUGGUCUUUCAUUGGCUGUAAUUAUCUCCAGCUGUGUAUGCUGAAGGCGCCCGACUGCUAACAGCGAUGAAAGUGAUCUCGUGCUUGAGAGGGAAUGAGUUUCUCUCUAGAGACAAGUGACUCCUCCCAUCCACCCUUGACUUUGCUUGUUUGUGUUUGUUUUUGUAGACAGGGUCCCUCUGGGCAGCCUGUCCUGGAACUUGCUCUGUAGACCAGGCCGGCCUAGAACUCAGAAACUCGCCUGCCUCUGCCUCCCAAGUGCUGGGAUUAAAGGUGUGCGCCACAACUGCCUGGCUUAGUUUGGCAUUUAUGAAGCAACUUUACUUUGUUGUCCUUGCCCUGAUGACCUGAAUGUGAGAAUGCUUUGAAUUAUUCUUUUAACAGGUUGUAGUUUCUUGUUUUUCUCCCAUUAAUAUUAGUAAAAUCGAUAAUGUGUAUAGGAGGCAUAUAUAGCUAUAUCUACAUCUCUCUCUCUAUAUAUAUAUAUAUGUGUGUGUGUGUAUGUGUAUAUAUAUAUACAUAGAGAUAGACUUAUUAGAAAAUGAACAAAUUAUUUAAAUAGUGGUGAAUAUUUUUCCUUCCAUGUUUUUACUUUAUCUUUGGUGUGGGAAGGUAAAUAAUUGGCCAUUGUUCCAAAAGAGCCAAUGCAAUAGGUCUUCCCAAUAGCCAUCUACAAAAUACUUGAUUCAAUAGGCUCACUCAGUGAUAUUGCAGUUGACCUCCUGAUGCAAAGCUGUGUAGAAUGCUUUGAAAUUGUUUGCCUUCCGAAGUCAGCAUUAGCUUAAUUAGAGGCUGACUCCCCCUAAUAGGCAUAUUCCCCGUGACCUUACCUUUUUAAAGUACGGACUCAGUUUCCUUUCGACUUCUCCCAGUGGCCGCUUUGAUCUUUUCUCUAGGAGCUUUGCGUGGAGGUACUGGAUUCGCUCCCUCUCCACACCAGGGUAGAAGGAUGCCGACACCAGAAUCUUCAACUGCAUCAGCGUGGAAGACAACAGCCCCAGUACUAUUAGUGUUACAAGAAUAACACUGAGAGGAACCCAAGUCUCAGACACGCUGAGCCGUGGUUUAGGAAUGCAGCCGGGUUCAAACAUAGAUAUGUUAAAGAAAGAAUCGUGGAUGACGCCUGGAGUUCCUUGCCUCUAAAAGAAAGAGUGAAAGACUCAAUAAACACGUUGUCUUCCU